AUGGCUGUGAAAAAUGGCUCUUUGGUUACGGAAUUCAUUCUCUUGGGGAUAACAGAAGACCCUGAUCUCCAAGUACCCCUCUUCUUCCUCUUUCUAUUAAUAUACAUGACAACCAUAUUAGGAAAUUUGACUUUGAUCAUUCUAAUUGUACUGAAUUCUCACCUUCACAGCCCCAUGUACUUUUUCCUUCUUAACCUGUCCCUCAUAGACCUCUGUUAUUCUUCAGUAAUUACACCAAAAAUGUUGAUGAAGUUCUUUCUGAAGAAGAAUUCUAUCUCUUACAUGGGUUGCAUGUCCCAGCUCUUCUUGUUUUGCUCUUUUGGCAUUACUGAAUGUUACAUGUUGACAGCAAUGGCCUAUGAUCGUUAUGUGGCUAUCUGUAAUCCACUCUUGUAUAACAUUUCUAUGUCUCCUAAGGUAUGCUUGUAUCUUAUGCUUGGCUCGUAUUUGAUGGGGCUUUCUGGUGCCAUGGUCCACACCGGUUGCAUGCUUCGGCUGACCUUUUGUGAUGGAAAUAUCAUCAAUCACUACUUCUGUGACAUUCGUCCUUUGUUACAGCUCUCCUGCACCAGCACCUACGUCAAUGAGAUAGGACUGUUCACUGUAGCAGGAAAAGACAUCAUUGUGCCCACAGUCAUCAUCUUUACCUCUUAUGGCUUUAUCAUCUCUAGCAUCCUUAAAAUAAGAUCCACUGAAGGCAGGUCCAAAGCCUUCAACACUUGCAGUUCCCACAUAAUUGCAGUUUCUCUGUUCUUUGGGUCAUGUGCAUUUAUGUAUCUUCAGCCCUCCUCAGCUGGGUCUAUGGAUGAGGGGAAAAUUUCGUCCAUCUUUUAUACUAUCGUGAUUCCCAUGAUGAAUCCCUUAAUCUAUAGCUUGAGGAACAAAGAUGUUAAAGUUUCCCUGAGAAAAACCCUGAGUAGGAGAAUUAUUAAUCAGAAUUCCAUUUAA